UGGAAUUAAUAAAAACUAGAGCAUUACAUUUUUGAAACAUUGAAGUGCAUAUAUGCCCGAAUUCGGCGGCAGGAUAUUUUAUGUCAUCUCAAACGAAGAAUUUCGCACAUGCGCACGAACAGGCGAAAAAUGUUUCCGAGUGGCUGGAACUUUUUCGACGAGUGUGCUGUGUACAUAUGCAUUAGUGGUUAUAAAAUUGUUAGAAAAAAUGAAUUAUCGAUGUGAAAAUUUAUUAAUUUAAGUAAUAAGCAAUACAAUACGAAUCGAAAAGGAUAAAAGCUGAAAUCGAAAACCUUUAGACAAUGUGCUUUUGUACUUUUUAUUAUGAAGGCGUGUGUGGAAAAUCGAUAAAGCAAUUUUCGCUCUGUAAACAGGCUUAACAAAAAUAAAGAUGAAGUGAAAAAUCAGUGAAAUGCAUUUAUACAUUUAAUUCCAUCGAACCUGCCAAAUUCGGAAUACAUCACUGCUGCGAUUAUGAGUUCGAAUGGAAGUGACCUGGGGCACAAUAACAGACGGACUGAAAAAGGCAAUCCCGAUAAUGUCCACGCCUCGAUGCGUGCCAGCAUGGGUUCCACCCGCCGGAAGUCCAUCAACUUUCAGAACCAGCUGCAACUGGCGUUGGAGUCCAACGAGUGCGAUGUGAUGUACUGCAGCCUGUCGUCGGGUCGCUUUCGCGCUCCUAACGGCGAGAACUUCCCGCCACAUGGCGGCAAGCUGAAGUUAUCGCCGCUGGAGAAGUACGACGAUGCCAAUAGGGGCGUGCCACCGCCCUCUCCGGCUCCGAAUAGCGAUUGCUUUGCCACCUGUGUGGCCAAUCAGCUGCCGUCUCAGUCGUGCAGCGUGGGGUCCAUCAAGCCGGAUACUUCCGUGAUGCAGAAGCACGGAAUGGUUGGAAACGGAAUGGUGGCGAGCGGAAUGAGUGGAAACGGAAUGGCGGCUAACGGUGCAAAUUACCAUCAGCGUGGCGUUUCGCCGAAUUCAAGGUAUCGUUUGGAGCGGUACCGCGACUCGCAGUCAACUCCACAGACAAAACUGAUGGAUAACAUGGGCGGUAUACCCUCGGCAGUGCCCUCGGUCUCCUCCACGCGCCUCCUACUGCCUUCCAACGUACCCUUGCCACUCUCGCAGUGCGAGAAUUACAAUGCCUACCUGGGAUCCACGGUGCACACGCCGGUGAAGAGGUACGUUCCCACCCCGCCCCCAGCCAUGGAGCUCUACUCGGACCUGAGCAUCUCCUCCUCGCCGGCGGGCAAUCUGCCCACUCCAGCCGUCGGUGCCGCCUCUGCAACCACAUCCGCAUCCGCGCUGCCAUCGCAGUACGCCAACAUGCCGUACAACUAUCGCUCCAAGUGCUGCCACAGUGAAGCCUCGCACGGAAGCCUCAGUCGCACAUCGCAGACGUACGCCAGCUGCUCGCCGGCUUGCACUUCGCCAUCGCCGGCUCCCUCCACCAGCAUGUCGAUGGUGUUUUCGGCGACCAGCUCCUGCUCGCCCAUCAUGACGGCCACGAGCUCGACGAGAUCAGGUAACCACAGGGGCGAUGACAGUGAUUCAGUAAUUGUGGUGCCACCCGGCGGCGGUGCCAUGGCCCAGAUCGAGGCCGAGAAUCCGUCGGGUACUUGCCUGCACUGCAAUACGGUGCGCCGCACCACAGGAGUUCAUCAGACCACACAGACGACGGGACCCAUCAGCCCAGUACCCAUAUCCCUGCCGGUGCCGAUGGCCAUGCCAGUGAUGACCGGUCUGAAUGAGCAGAUGCCCAGUCAGAGCCUGGAGUCCAGCAUGGUAUCCGUGCAGGCGAAGCGUCUCGAUGGCGGUGGCAACAUGGCAGUGCCUCCCGGAUCCAAUCAGCACCAGCUGUACCGCAGCCAGAUGGCCAGCAAUCCGCGGCUGCAGCACAUCCACCACCAGACGCAGCAGCACCAGUCGCUUCAGGUGCUGCCCCAAGCGCAGAACCACCACUUGUCCUGCAAGAAGCGCAUCGGCAUGUACAUGAGGCGCACCACCUCGCAGUUCUUCGGCGUGGAGCCCAGCACGGAGGCGGCGGACUGUGCCCUGUGGCAGGGACGUCAUCGGCGCCUGGCGAUUCGCUGCUUUGGCAUGUUUGAUACGGAACUGGAGUAUCACAUGCAGCAGGCCAUUGGCGGGGCCAACGAGGAUGCGGGUCAGAGCAACGGCGCCAAUAGCAACUAUGCCCCCGAUCGCCCGGACAUCCUCCCCGUUCAGGAUGCCCUUGGCAUGGACAUGACAAUGUCGGGAGACAAUAGGCGACAGAAGUGCUACACCAAUCGGGAUUUCCUGGCCGGCGAGUUCGUGGAGCGCAAGGCAUCGGUCGGCUAUAUGUUUGUGGCCAUGGUCAGUUACCUGGUGCACAUGUUCAAUAAGCGGCGGCCCAUCCAGAUGCACAGGGUGCGCUGUCCGUGGCAGUGGUCCCGCAGCUUUGCACCCAUCCACGUGCAAUCGCACAGCAAUCAGCAGACGGAUGCGGACGGCUGCUUGACGGAUGGCCUGGAGGCCAUCAUUGAUGAUGAGGUGUUCUUCGACAGUCCCUGCGAGAUCACCACCUCUGCGGUGAACGACGAGGGCUCCGAGAUUGGCAGACAGGCGGCCAAGCCACGACCGUGUGCGGAUCCAUCGGGCGUCGGCGUUAGUGUCUACAUGGCGGAGAGGCAACAGAACGGCUGGAGAACCUCCGCCCUGAAUAGUGGCGGCAAUGCCACCAGUGAUAUUAAUCUAACCGGGGAUCAGUCCGCGCAUCAGGCUGGUGCUGCCCAUAUACCACUCUGCAGCUCCGUUUCCAGCCAAAUGCAGCCCGCCAUGCGGAGCUCCCACUCGACCACUUCCACCUGCAAUCGGGGCAAUCGUAUAACUGCCCAGCUGCUCGACGGAGUCCUGGAGAACUCCCGUCGUCCGCCUCUGCGGUGCAUUAAGUACUUCUCGGUGAACGACCUGGACGACCGCACCGAUCAUCGGCCCUUCUUCACCUACUGGAUCAACACGGUGCAGGUGGUGGUGCUGAUCCUGUCAAUCAUCUGCUACGGCAUCGCACCCAUUGGCAUCGGAUCGGAGCAGAAGACGGGCCAGGUGCUGGUGACCAGCCUCAGCCUGCAGACGGUGCAGCAUGUGGAGCAGAGGAACCUCUGGAUUGGACCGCGGAACAUUGACCUGGUUCACAUGGGUGCCAAAUUCGCUGCCUGCAUGAGAAGAGACAUCAAGAUCACCGAGGUGGUUACCAAGACGCGGCGACACGAAAGGGAAACGGCCUGCUGCAUUCGCAACGAUGACUCCGGCUGCGUCCAGAGCUCCCAGGCGGAGUGCUCCAUCCGAGGGCUCUACCCAACGAAAUCCAUAUCUACGUGGAAGAAAUGGUCGCCCAGCGAGUCCGGACCGGGAGGAAGGAUCUCCGGGUCCGUUUGCGGACUGGAUCCCAAGUUUUGCGAUGCUCCAGCAUCGAUAGCUCCCUACGAGUGGCCCGAUGACAUUACCAAGUGGCCGAUCUGCCGGAAAACCAACUCGUUUACCCAGCGAUAUCGCUACAAGGAUCACACCUCGGAGCACAUGGUGUGCGAGGUGAUUGGCCAUCCGUGCUGCACGGGCUUAUAUGGAGAGUGCCGGAUAACGACGAGGGAGUACUGCGACUUCAUCAAGGGUUAUUUCCAUGAGGAGGCAUCCUUGUGCUCUCAGAUAUCGUGCCUAAACAAUGUAUGCGGAAUGUUUCCAUUCAUCUCCGUGGAGACUCCGGAUCAGCUAUACCGAUUGCUCACAUCGCUCUGCAUGCACGCGGGCAUUUUGCAUCUGGCCAUCACCCUUAUAUUCCAGCACCUCUUCCUGGCCGAUCUGGAGCGACUGAUCGGCACCGUUCGUACGGCCAUCGUCUAUAUAAUGUCGGGCUUUGCUGGGAAUCUAACGAGCGCCAUACUGGUGCCCCAUCGACCAGAGGUUGGACCCUCCGCAUCGCUGAGUGGCGUGGUGGCCUCGCUUAUUGCCCUGCUGGUUUGGAUGCACUGGAAGUAUCUGCACAAGCCGCACAUCGCGCUCUUCAAGCUGCUGCUCCUGUGCAGCGUGUUGGUCGGAAUCGGAACACUGCCUUACCAGCUCAACUUCCUGGGUCUGCUGGCUGGAGUGAUUUGUGGCUGCCUUUUAACCAUGUCCCUAGUGCCAUUUACCACGUUCUCCAAGUACGGACGCAAGAAGAAGAUAAACCUCAUUUGGACCUGCGUUUUGUUCCACGUUGUCGUGUACACCGCAAUGAUUGUUACCUUCUACAUUCAUCCCAGCGAAUUCCACUCCAUUAGCUUUGUAGAUAUGUUCAGCAACAACAACGGAUAUGACAAUUUCACCAAUGCGGAUCACCAUGGCGUCGAUGUUGUGAGCAGCAACACCCGAUACUCGCAGACACAGAACUCCCAAUACUACUAUCAUCAUCACUCGGACGACAUCAUAAGGAAGAGCGUAACCUUCACUGAGAAAGCUCUUGUUUCGCACAUUUUAUAUCCCGCUGCGCCGUGGAAAACGAGCGCCCAACAAUGGCAGGAAGUAGAGUAUAGUCGUUCGUUUAAUCACCUUUCGAACUAUAGUGAUCGAAUUAAGAAGAGUAUUGGAAAUAUAUCAAAGCUUAAGCAAGUGUUCACUUCACCCAUUAGAUUCUCGAACAAGAACAACCACUCUAAUCUUAUGACUGAAUUAACAUCGGUGCACUCCGAGAAUAAACAGAAAUAUUUAGGUUACAUCAAUAAUACUGAAUUUAACGUCCUUUAAUAUUUUACAUAUUAAUCGAUUCAAUUCAUGAUUCAUGAAAAACAACAAUUUGACAAGUUUGAGUGCACAAAUAGAUAACAAUUAUAUGAAUAACGCAUUAAAUGUCUAUUUAUGUAUGUAUAAUCCGAACUUCAAAUGAAUAAAGAAUAAUUAGUAUUAAAA